CCGAGGGGUCGCCAACAGCCAGUGUUUACCUGAGUCCGACUCCAUUCUGCGCCGUCCACCUCUAUCCCGCCGGCGAGCCCAGCCGGCUGGCUGCCAGGCGAUCACGUGAAUCGCCGAGCGUCUCUACCAAUCGCCGCCGCCGGUACAGACCGCCGACCAAUCAGAGCGCCGCUCUCUGCGCGCCGUACUACUGUUCACGUGCAGCGCUGCCGACGGGAGGGGAGGGGGACGUUCAAGGCUGUCAGCGGGCGUGGAGGCGCGGCUGCGCGUGGCUGGCCGCCGGCAGACGAGCGGGACGAGGCACAGUGGUACGAACGUGCGCGGUGGAAGGUGCGGCCAGCAGCGUGCUUUGACAGAGCGUGCUAGUCUGACAUACGGAGAUCGAAGCGAGCGAGCGGAGAAUCUGACGGUCACUACUAUCCGACUGGUGUGCUGCGCAGUUUCGUCUUGGCCUGUUCCGCCUUGUCGUGUUGGUGCGUGACCUCUGGUGCCGACUGCGUUUGUCACCAGUUACCGGCCGUACGACGGAGACGAGAUGGCCACGAGGGACACCUUUGUCCACCUCCUGGCUGGAGGGACCGGCGGCACGGUGGGCGCCGUGGCCACCUGCCCCCUGGAGGUGGUAAAGACCCGCCUGCAGUCCAGCCGCAGCGGCUUCGAGCGGCUCCAGGUGCCGUCCAUCGCCUCCGAGCAGCACGGCCGCGGCUCGGUGACCUGCCGGAGUGUGGGCCAGCGGCGGCUGCUGCACACGGCGCCGCCACACCUCUCGCGCCAGGCGGCCCACCUGGUACUGGGGCCGGACCUGGGGCCCGGACCGGCGCCCAGCCGGGCGGCGGGACCCGGACUCCUUCAGUGCAUACGGAUCAUCGUUGAGAACGAGGGCCCGUAUGCGCUGUUCAAGGGUCUCGGGCCGAACCUUGUGGGUGUGGCGCCCUCGCGAGCCAUCUACUUCUGCGCCUACCAGAACGCCAAGCAGUUUUUCAACGGCCGGUUCACCCCCGAGACUCCCCUGGUGCAUAUGACCUCCGCCAUGUGUGCUGGGUUCACCUCGUGUACGCUCACCAACCCGAUCUGGUUCAUCAAGACCCGGCUGCAGCUGGACCAGCAGCAGUUCGGGAAGCGACUCCGACUGGCCGACUGCGUCUACCGGGUCUACUCACAGCAGGGCCUGCGCGGCUUCUACCGCGGUAUCACGGCCUCCUACUUCGGUAUCACGGAGACCAUGAUCCACUUUGUCAUCUACGAGCGACUGAAGCGGCGGCUCCAGCUCUACAGGUCCGCUGACCCGACCACCAAGACCAGCUGGGACUUUGUCGAGUUCAUGCUGGCCGGCGCCGUGUCCAAGACGGUGGCUUCCAGCGUCGCCUACCCUCACGAGGUGGCUCGCACCCGUCUGCGCGAGGAGGGCACCAAGUACCGCAGCUUCUUCCAGACCCUGUACGUGGUGUGGACCGAGGAGGGCUACCGGGGCCUGUACCGCGGCCUGGGCACGCAGCUGGUCCGACAGAUCCCCAACACGGCCAUCAUGAUGUCCACCUACGAGGCGGUCGUCUACCUGCUCAGGGACCAGUCUGGCAGCAGUGAUGACCUGUAUGACGACGACUCGGACGCCGCCUAUGGCGACGCCACCCCGGCGCCGACCACCCAGAGCCAGCAGAGCUCGGUCUAGUCGCGCCGUCCCCUCCCCCCUCCCCCUGACCCUGCCCAGUGACCUGCCUCUGUGAUAGCCGUGGGUGAUAGUUAUUGUUAUGUUAUGCAUGUAUGCUCAGAACGGCGCGGGGCCGGGGCCUGUGACGGCAGGUAGUGUGAUUGUGAACCCUCCCUGGAUGGGUGGGUUCGGCGUCCGUGGCCCCUCUCGGCUGACCCAGGUCACGCAGCGGUGACCGGGGUACGCCGGGCGGGCCGAGUGACGAUCUAAUGUCCAUCAGGUGUUAUCGGGUAUGUGGCUGCUUACUGUUGGUCGCCUCUCGAUGGUGGCUUGUUUCUGCGCGGUUUUGUAGCGUGAGCGGCGCCGGGAGACGGUAGUCGCGCGCCGCGGCUCAGGACGGGCGAUGGGCCGCCGGCCCGCUCCGGCGGCCCAAGAGUUUAGGUCGUGUUCGGCAGGCUGUGGUGGACGGGCGCCUUGGGAGCACUGGGCUGCCCGCCCCACUCUUAGCGACAUCUAUAGUGAUACGGCCGUGACCAUGGCGACAUCUAUAUGAUUCAACUGUGACCAGUAGUCACAGCGUGGUCCUGUUUCUGGGUUCCUGUCACUGUGGUACUGUGGUAGUGUAAACUGUGGUUACCCUGGUGUAACGUGCGCUUAUUAUAAUGAGUUUUGCAUCGAAAUAAAUAUAUAUGAAAGACCUCA